AUGGCCCACUUGUCCGAGCAACUCAUCAUUUUGCUAACAUUCUUGGGUCUCGUAGUGGCAUACGAUCAUCGCAUUGUGGGCGGCAUGGAGACCACGAUACACGAAUUUCCCUAUCAGGCAUCCAUACAGCUCAACCAUGAACAUAUUUGCGGUGGAGCCGUUAUUGGCAAACAUUUCGUCCUGACCGCGGCACACUGCUUUGAAGAGCCAUGGACGGCACUCGAUUACAGCGUGCGCGUGGGAGCUACAAAGCAUGCUACUGGCGGCCAUUUGCUGAGUGUGCGGCGAAUAAUACGCCACGAGGCCUACGACGCGCAGUCGCAUGACAACGACUUGGCACUCCUUCUGCUCAAUGCGCAGCUCAAUUACACAAGCGAGCUGCAGGCGCUGGCCCUUGCGACGGCAACCGAGCAGGAUGCACUCACACCAGACACGCAUUUGUACGUCAGCGGCUGGGGCCUUCAGAGCGAGGAGGGGGAGGCAGGUGUAUCGCCAGUGCUGCGCUAUGCGGAUGUGAGCUAUGUGCCAACGACAUUGUGUCGACGUGCCUAUCGUAAGGUCCUGCCGGUGACGCAACGCAUGCUAUGUGCCGCUCGAGAUGGAGCUGACAGCUGUCAGGGUGAUUCAGGUGGCCCGCUGGUUGGAUACCAACCGGGCGAGACCCGAGGCAAGCUAUAUGGCAUCGUUUCCUGGGGUAUUGGCUGUGCACAGCGGUCCUAUCCCGGUGUAUACACAAGUGUAAUGGCGUUGAGAACAUGGAUUGAUGCACAGGUGGGUGCUUGGGGCUGGAAUGGGUUGCAGCGUGGUUGGAGUGGACUGCAGGGAUAA